GGCUCCGGGGCUGUCCUCGGCCUGAGGCGGGCCCUGGUUCCCUCGCGGGCUGCCGCUGACAGACCCUGGCUCAGCCCGGGGGACGAGCAGCGCCCCUGCUGCCCCCGCAGACCCUCCUACUGCUCCUGGCUUCCCUCAGGUCCCUGCUGCGUCGCCCCCCAGGCCCUAGGCACCUUCUCGGCAGCUGGUGGCGGCGCACAUGGAUAAUUAAAACAUGAAGACUAAAACCAAACGAAAGAAACAAAGGCAUACUGCUGACAAAGAAGCAUUUUCUGAGGAGCCAGCAAUGAGAAAGAAAGAACUGGUGAAAUGUUUGCGUCGCAAGGAAAGGAGGAAUGGGGGAAACAAGGAGAGCAGCAAGGUCACCACAGCCAGAGCCAAGCAUCCUUGGAGCAGUAAGGACAGGCAUUUGAGGAGACUGGAAAGCAAUGAGCGGGAGAGGCAGAGAAUGCACAAGCUCAACAACGCGUUCCAGGCAUUGCGGGAGGUGAUCCCUCAUGUAAGAGCAGAGAAUAAACUUUCCAAAAUAGAGACUCUCACGCUAGCCAAAAAUUACAUUAAAUCCUUGACCUCCAUUAUACUCAAUAUGUCCAACGGACACUUUCCAGCAGCAGAAGGGAUGGGGGGAGCCUGGGGGUCCAAGAUGUACCAGCAUUAUCAACAGCAACAUGGGGAUGAUGAUCAUGAGGAACAUCUACAGAAAUAUUCCACAUAAAUUUAUAGCUUCAGCUGGAACACCUACAGUUAGCUACUGUCAUUCUUUUUCCUUCUUGCCUGAUAAUACAUGUCAGUACGUAGAUGUUUUAAGUGAUUCUUUUUGCCUCUGGCUAUCCUCUAUUUUUUCUUAAAAAGACAGGUGACACUCAUCGUUAUAGUUUUACAGCACAUCAAAAAAUUACCUUAAAUGAUAAGAAUUUUUCAGAGCUUAAUGGAUAUCUUUGUGUGGUGCAUCAGGGUCUGGAAACCUAUCCUGUAACACUGUAGGUGACUUGAAAGUAAAGAUUAGUAAUUUCUGAAAAUUACCCUCUCUGAAAGGGUUGUGAGUUGAGCAUUUAAGGUCUAUGUCACCCCAGUUCAUUCAAGCUUGUUGAGAAUCUUGGCUGUAGCAUUGUUCACCAUCCUUUCAAUGACUCUGUUCUUCUCUAUCCUGCUAUGGAGGAAAUUAAAAUUGAUUACAGCAUCUGGCUAAUUUGAUGAGUGAAGUGGCACGUAUGGGAAAUUGGCCACCAAAUCUGAAUAUUUAUCUUGAAUGUUUUGGAUCUGUUCUUAUAGUUCUGAACCUUGCAAAGCAUGACAGCUUUUAAAGUACUUGUUAAUAUACUCAUCUACAAAGCUAUCUUAGAUUGUAAGCUCUCUAGAGUAAGGACAUUUUCUGGUCUGUUUCCAGAGCAUCCAGCAUCAUGGAGGUUUUCUUUAGUGGGUCUCUAGGUGCCAUUGUAAAUAAUAAGGGACAAAUGACAUUUUUGCCAAAACUGAUAAAAAUGCUUUAGUAUAUUCAUAAGUUAGUGAUCUAUCCAGUGAUAAAUUAUUUGCUAUUGAAGCUUGUAAUGUGAUCAGGA